UGGGAAUUCAGUGGAUGGGGCCGGGCUCCUCUUCUGUGGUGUGCAGCAACAGAACAAGGGGCAACAGGGAAAAUGUGCAACGUCCAUGCAAAUAUGAGGAAGAACUUCUUUCCUAUGUGGGUGCCAGAGCCCUGGAACAGGCUGCUUAGAGUUGGGGGAGUUUCCUCUGGAGAUAUUCAAGACUGUCUGGACACUGUCAUGUGCAGCAUACUGCAGAGGACUGCUUUAGGGGAUUGUGAGAGCUCCAAAGGUCCCUUCCAACUCCUAUUAUUCUGUGAUUUUAUUACUAUGGGUCUUCUGUCUUCUCCAAAACAGUGAAGUAGUUCCAGCCAACCAGCCAGUCAAAAACAAACAAACAAACAAAAAAACCAACACUCUUUCAACCAAAGAAGAGUUUCAGUUGAUAACAAAGCAUUCUAGUGCAAAUGUUUCUGUUGAUCCAAGUGGUGUGGAUGACUGAAACCAGAGUGGGACUCGUCGAAACCACCCCUCAGCCUGGCAAACACCUUCAUCUCUUAUCAAGGUUCUGUAGUCAUAUGAUGUGUGUUUGUACUGGUGCACAGAGCGCUGGUCAGCCUUUGGGGGGCCAGGAGGAGGUGUGGUUCCAUCGUCACAGCCCAGGAGAGGAGGACUCACGGCCUCACUGCUGCGCACACUGCCAAUGACCCUGGAGCAGCCUCUGCAGGGUUGAAGACGCAGUGGAGCAGUCGCCAGGUGGCCGGCACUGCGCCUUGUCACACUGAGGGGCCACUGACCCACUGCUUGCCACGUCUGCCCUUGUGACGGAGCUGAACUCUUCAGCUCAGUCAGGAGAAGCCGAGGGACAUCCAUCAGGUGUGGUGCACCAGGAAGAGCCGAGCCAGGGCAGAGAGGAGGCGGCACAGGGCACGUGAGUGGUGGCGAGUCGGACCUAACGGGGUUUCCUUGAGAGCAGUGAGAGCAGCUGAAGCUGGUCUCGUGUGGGUGGCUGACCAUUCGUGGGCUGACAAUGGCGCUUUUCUUGAUUCCCUGCUGAGCUCCUAUAAGCAAUGCCUGAUAAAAGCUGAGCUCAGGUCACAGCCUCCCCUUUCCCUUGGGAAACUACCAAGUCUUUGACUUCAGAUUUAUUUCCAUGUGAGCAGGGAGACCACAAAGGCUCUGAUGUGUGCUCUCUGCCAGCCUCUGUUCAGGAGCAAGCAUGCACACUCUAUCAUGCUGUCACAGUUAGAGCAGGGUCACCUCCAGGGCUGGGCCACCCAGGCUUGUCUGCCCGGCGAUGCCCGACCUGUCUGACUGCAGCAGAGCCCAUGGGACUCUAGAUCUUGGUGGCUAUGUCCCACCAAUGCUGUGUGGAAAUCAAUGUUGCAUGAACCACACAGUUCUUAAAUAGAAUGGCCACGUGUGGCUGUAAGACUGGUGGGAGAUGCAGAGAUUUUGACUUGUGUCUUUUGUGGGUGCUGGCCAAGUGUGGAACACUGGUGAUCAGAAACCACAUUGUUUCAAGGGGGUAAGCUGAAGUCACAGCCCUGCACACUGUGGCUCGAACUCCCAACCCUCAUAUCAGUCAAAAUUAACUUUGCAAGUUGUAUUGUGUGGCUUCUCUCUGUCUUGAACAUAAAAAUGCUGUUUGUGAUUUCAUUCUGCUUUUGCUCAGAUGCAUCACUUGAUCUAAUGCCAGUCCUGAGGACAUGCAGGGGCUCAGACAAUGAACCAAGGAGAUCUGUAGAAGUUCAUACAGGCCAGAGUCAGUGCUAGAACUUCUCAGCAAAGAUCCUUCUUGGCUCUGUCUCCAGCCUUGCCAAGUCCUGGCAUGCAGGCAGGUCUCCCUUGGAGGGAGCUACAGGCUGACACAGCUGCCAGGGAAGGAAAGGUUCUGGAUGAGGAUCAGCUCGGUGGUGCCUUCUGCCACUGCAGGCAGAGCCAGAAGGCCUGACCAUGUGCAGCCUCCUGUUGUCAGAACACUGCAGAUUUAAACGAGCAUCUCACGCUAUCUGUGGAGUCUAAUGACAAGCUCACAACUGUCUGAACUGCUGGUGGGACACAAAGGGCUGCUGGAAGGUGGCAGCAUGGCUCGGAAGAUGAGCAUUGAUAAUCUGGAGGACCAGCUGCUCUGCCCCAUCUGUUUGGAGGUCUUCAAGGAGCCCCUGAUGCUGCAGUGUGGGCAUUCCUACUGCAAGUCCUGUGUGCUGUCACUGUCUGGAGAGCUGGAUGAGCAGUUCUUGUGCCCCGUGUGCCGCAAAUCCGUGGACUGCAGCGCUUCCCCACCCAAUGUCACGCUGGCCCGCAUCAUUGAGGCACUGCAGAGCAGGGGCGAGACAGAGCCCACCCCAGAGUCCUGCCCAAUGCACCACAAUCCACUGAGCCUCUUCUGUGAGGCUGACCGAGAGGUGAUCUGUGGGCUGUGCGGCACCAUUGGCAACCACAAGCAGCACAAGAUCACCCCUAUCUCUACCGCAUACUGUCGGAUGAAGGAGGAGCUGUCUGUGCUGCUAACCGAUGUCCACCGGUGCAAGAGGAACCUGGAUGAACAGUUCAGCAAGCUCAUCAACAACAAAAUCCGCAUUGCGAAUGAGGCAGAUGUCUUCAAGUGGGUGAUCCAGAAGGAGUUUGAGGAGCUGCACAGGUACAUCGAUGAGGAGAAGGCCACCUUCCUGGAGAGUGUGGAGGGGAAGGCGGCCCAGCUCAUCGCCUCCAUUGAGUCUCAGGUCAAGCAGACAUCAGACACCCUGCAGAGGCUGAAGGAGAUGCAGAGCAUUCUGGAGACACUCAGCAACGAAAGUCAGCUUGAUUUCAUCCGUAAAUACAGCUCCUACCAGUUCAGGUCAGAGCUUCCUAGCCUACACCCAGGUGAUGCCAUCUUCAGUCCCGUAUCAUUCAAGCCUUGUUUCCACCAAGAUGACAUCAAGAUGACCGUGUGGAAGCGGCUGCACCGCCACGUCCUGCCAGCUCCAGAGAUGCUGAAACUGGACCCGGUGACGGCACAUCCCCUGCUGGAACUCUUCAAGGGUGACACGGUGGUGCAGUGCGGGCUGUACCAGCGCCGGGACAGCAACCCCAAGCGUUUUGACUCCAGCAACUGCAUCCUCACCUGCAAGGGCUUCUCCUGUGGCCAGCACUACUGGGAGGUGAUUGUGGGCACCAGGAACCACUGGCGCGUGGGCAUCAUCAAGGGCACGGUCAGCCGCAAAGGGAAGCUCAGCAAGUCUCCCGAGAACGGCGUGUGGCUCAUCGGCCUCAAGGAAGGGAAAGUCUACGAGGCCUUCAGCACCCCGCGGGCCACGCUGCCGCUGACCGCCCGGCCGCAGCGCAUAGGGAUCUACCUGCACUACGAGAAGGGCGAGCUGACCUUCUACAACGCCGACAGCCCCGACGAGCUCAGCCCCAUCUACACCUUCCAGGCGGAGUUCCAGGGCCAGCUCUACCCCAUCGUGGACCUGUGCUGGCCGGAGCGAGGGCCCUUCUCCCCUCCCAUCAUCCUGCCCCCUCCCGCUGCCGGCCGGCACACCCAGGGCCCCCCCGCGGCGGAGGAGCCCCCCAAGCCGUAGCGCGCGUCCCCGCGGCGCCGUCCUGAAUAAAGCUGCCGCUGUGCUGCCCGAGCCGAGCUGCUGCGAGCGGGCGGGGGGCGGGGC